AUGGGAGAAGUUCACGUUGGUGGCGGACAAUGCAACGUCCCCGAACAUGAGAUCAAGCAGAAUGCAGGCGUGUCGGCGCAAAUGGCGCUCCAGGCGGGACAAAAGGCGUGGGAGUUGAGGCAAGCUGCGCAUGGAGCGGGCGACGCGAAAGCAAGAGAAGAAAUUCUAGCGAAGGCGAUUAAUAAAGAAAUUGAAGCAGAGUCAUUCGGAAAGGCGGCAAAAUAUACACAGUCUGGUGCUUUCCAAGGUCUCGCCGCUGGUGCCGGAUUGGGGGUGCAGCCAGGUGUCACCAUUGGAAAGCUGACCGGCGCGCUCGUUGGCGGCACAGUAUCCACAGUGACUGGGCUGCUGGGAGGAGGUAUUGGAUCGGUUUACGGUGCCAUGAACGGCCCAAUGUGGGACUUAGGACAGAUGGCAAGUCAAGGUGUUCAGGGUGUCGUUGGCGACUUCCUCCCGGAUGUCAAAUCGACGCCAUCGCAGAAGAAGGCCUUGGAGAAGAUGGUUAUGCAGACCAAGGACACGCAGGCACCAUCUAAAGAAGAACUGGAACAGAUGAAGAAUGACGCACCGGAUAUGAUGCCGCAGACCUGGUCGCAGUCCGCGAAAGACAUGACUGCUUGGAGGCCGAGCAUGCCGUCGGCAGUGAAGAGUUCAUCACAGCCCAAGCAACAACCUCAGAAGCAAGCACAGCAAGCGCCAAGUCAACCCAAACAGCAGUCUAAGCCCCAGCCUCAGAAGACCUCUCAGUCGAAACCAUCGCAACCGAAAACAAACAGCACACAACCGCCAAAGCAAGAGAAGCCCCAGUCCAAUGAACCAGUGAAAGAACCCCCCAAGCCCCGUUCUCAACGCCCACCCACAACCCGCGGCCCCGCAAACCCUCAAUCAUCAACGCAAUCCACUCCACCCUCCCAACAAAAGCAAACCCAAAACACACAACAAACACCAGCCAAGUCCUCAUCACAGAAAUCCCCAUCCACAGCGAACAAAUCUGCAAACGGAUCCGCUCAGCCAAAACGGGUGUCGUUCAGUGAUAACAAAGAGAAUAACGCGCCGGCUGCGGCGGAGAAGCAGAAGAGGAAACCCAGGAAAUUGGGGCAGCAGGGUGGUGGGAAUGCGAAUGGUGCUGGUGGAGGUGGUGGUGGGAAUGGGGGUGCGGCGAAGAAGGCGCCGAGGAAGUUGGAGCCCAGGAAACCUGCUGCGGCUGCGUAG